AUGAAGGGAUCGCUUCUACGAGUUCACGUUUCGACAUUCUCUCAGAUGCGAGGUCUCCUACGCCCAUCAACGAAUCUCCCGUUCCGUGGAAUCUACAGAACAGAAGGAGAAGCAGUACGAAAAGACGACAUAUUAGUCUGCCAGCGAAAUUUGAACUAUCAUCCUGGUCUCAAUUUGGUCAUACCGGAUUUUUCCAAUCCAGAAAUGGCAGUUUACGAGUAUCGGAAAGACGUAGAGCUACGUAAGCUUACUUUUAAUGUGCUCCCUUUCGAAAUGUCUCGAACGUUUAAUCUCAAGAACACUGAAGGACCGAACUUAAAGAGAGACAUCCAUCGAAUCUUAGAAUUAAUUGAACACGUCCAAAAGACUGGCGAAGUCACAUCACCGAAGCUCGUCACUCUUCAGAAGAUACUCCAGUCUGAAUUCUUUAAUGCUGUUCGGGAAGUAUAUGAAACUGUGUACGACAUAGUGGACAUUGAAGGAUCCCCUGAGCAUCACUUUGAGGUUCGAGCCUCCGCUACUGCUAAAGCGACUGUUGCGGCUUUUGCUGCCGCUGAGGGACACGCUCAUCCUCGAAUAGUGGAGUUGCCAAAGACUGAUCAAGGAUUGGGAUUUAACGUCAUGGGUGGGAAAGAGCAAAAUUCUCCCAUCUACAUAUCAAGAAUUAUUCCUGGUGGUGUUGCUGAUCGUCAUGGUGGACUGAAACGAGGAGACCAGUUGAUUGCUGUUAAUGGAAUUGAAGUUCUACCACCUGGUGAGCGACUGCGAAUCGAAGUGGAUGGAGGAGGUUGCUCGGGAUUUGAGUACAAAAUAAGGUUAGAUUCCAAAUUGCAAGACGGUGACCGACUUUGGAAAGGUGACGACGUUGAGGUUAUUAUUGACGAAAUGUCACUUGGAUAUAUGCGCGGAGCGACUGUCGACUACGUGGAGGACUUGAUGAAAUCUUCUUUUCGUGUUGUGGAUAACCCUAUCGCAGAAAAAGGUUGCUCUUGUGGGUCUAGUUUUACCUUGAAGAUGGACUAG